GCUGAGCUCGUGCGGCGCUGCAGUGAGAGCGCGGGUGCCAGCGGCUCGAGAUCGGAGCAGCUCGGGGCCGCUCGGUGUCUCUCUGGUCGGGCUUGGACAUCCUUUUAAACCCCCCUGAUCGACCGGAGACGGGGAUUUUUUUUUUAAUUUUUUUUUUGUAACGACUGCAAGAAUGUGACUCUUUUAUGUUCCCCCGUUUUUGUUUUUUUUAUUUCUACCGCCGUGCUCCGUUGAUCGAGGAGACGAUUUGAUUUUUUUUAAAUUAUUGUCAUUUCGCUCAUCAUCUGUCCUCUCUGUGCGGAAUACACCUGGAUCGGGGUUAGGAGGAGAUUCACAGUUUUUUUUUUUUUUUCGGGGCAGUAAUAUGUCCAGGCGAAAACAGACCAACCCCUUCAAAGUUGACUGGCCAUUCCACACUUCAGGCAUCACAGGACUUCAGCACACUAUUAACAUGGAUGGCAGGGACGAAUUCACCGAGGACAGUGAAUGCUGCAGCAACAACUCCCAGGAGGUCCAAGAGCCAGAUAGCAUCACAGAAGACAGUGACAGCGACCUUGACAACCACGGCGAAGACUCGUGCUCCUCCAACACCUCCGCCGACGACCACAUGACCACCAAGAGAUCACAGUGCCGCCUGCAAGGAGCGGGAGUCAAAGAGGAGAGCGAGGAAGGGGACCACGGCAACAACUUCGUUUGUCCCCUCUGCACGCUGGAUUUCAGCAGCCCCGAGAAGCUCAUCUCCCAUGUCUACCAGCACACGACUAUGAUGAGCAACAGCAAGAGCUAUGUGUGCCCAGUGUGUGGGCGAGCCCUGAGUUCGCCUGGCUCGCUUGGACGGCAUCUUCUCAUCCACUCCGAGGACCGCCUCUCCAACUGCGCUGUCUGUGGCGCACGCUUCACAGACACCAACAACUUUAACAGGGAGAAGCUUAAAGAUGUCCUCGACACGACCAGAAUGGAUGUCACUGGUGGCAGGGACAGCUGCUCCAUGUCCCACUCCCUCUCCAACAGCCCCAUGACCAGCCCGGGCCCCGGCAACUGCUCCUGCCACGGACCGGGCCCCAGCCCCAGCUCAUGCCAGGGCCCUCGCCACUGUGAGGCUCCUGACCUCAACCCCAACCUGUGUCAAGCCCAUCGUACCUGCCAGGGACCGGGCCACAUCUCCGGCCAGUGUCACGGCCCAGGACCAGGACAGUGCGCAGGUUCUGACCAAGGACCCUCGUUUCCCUCACUGCCUGACAGUCUCCUCUCCGAAGGGCCCUCACUCGCAUCUAUCCCGGAUGCCCUUAACUCAUCUUCCUCGAGCCUUCCUCCUAUCCCCGACAUCAUGAGCCCUAUGCCGGUGUAUCCCGCCGGGGUGCUGCUGGUGUGCAACAGCUGCGUGGCCUAUCAGCAGCUGGUGGAGGCCCAGUCGCCGAUGAGAAAAUGGGCUCUGCGGAGGAAGAACGAACCCGUGGAGGCGCGCAUUCACCGCCUAGAGCGGGAGCGCACAGCGAAGAAGAACAAGCGGGCCUGCGAGACGGACGAGGAGAGGGAAAUGAGGAGGCUGCGGGACCGCGAGGCCAAGCGCAUGCAGAGGAUGCAGGAGUCCGACGAGCAGCGCGCCCGCAGGCUGCAGAGGGACAGGGAGGCCAUGCGUUUGAAGAGGGCGAACGAGACGCCGGAGAAGAGGCAGGCCAGGCUGAUCCGCGAGAGGGAGGCGAAGAGGAUCAAGCGGCGGCUGGAGAAGAUCGACCCUGCUCUGAGGACACAGAUAGAGCACGAUCCCGCUGCGAUGGCUGCGCUCACAGCAGACAUGAGCCUCUUUCAGUUCCCCUGCCCUAUGCCUGUCCCUUCCAUUGAUAAUGGUCUGUUCAUGAAGCUGCCCUAAUUGGACCAGGCCGUUAGGGGGGCGGGGGGCGGGGGGACCAAUUGGCUUCUAGCAGCAUCAUUAACCUGUGCACUCUGCCAUCAGGCUGCCAUGGUCACAGUGAACCAUUCCUAGCUGGUUUCCCUUCCAGCCCCCUCGGUGUCGAACAGCUUCACACACAAACUGCUUUGUUGAAUACAGCAAAAAAAAAAAAGGAAAAAAAAAAACUACUUCAAUUUCUAAUUUAUUACAGUCUAGAAAACCUUGGGAGCAGGGUUGAGAAUGUUUUCUGUUGUAUGGAUGAUGACAUAAAAAGCAUGUUGUAAAGAGAUUUAUCUGUUUGUCAGUGGGCUAGCAGAUUCAACACAGUUCAUUCUAGCAGGAGCAGUUAUAAAAGAAAAAAAAAAAAAAAUGUUUUUGCACAUGGACCCUCAGUGACGGGAGCGGGGACUCUGUAGCCACAGCCCCCCUCCUCUCCGGUCCACUCCGCCAGCCCAGUGACUCGGGUUUACCGGUAGCUACACCUCUCUCUUCAAGCUGCCACCGCGGGUCCCUGGGAAGUUCAUAUUCAGUCUACUACUACCUCAGCCGGCGCCGUGGUGGUGCCCUCUGUCUCGUGGCUUACUGCGUUCCAACUCCAGGCUUCCAAAGCGCUACAUGUUCUGUACACUACUACAGAGGAUGCGGGUUGUUUUCACCCCCCCAUACACACACAGUUUACGUUUAUCAUUUGGGCACUUCAGUAGGACACGAACAUUCACAUACCAUUCCCCCUCGUAUAUCCCAGGUUUGAUUAUUAUGUCUCCUCACUCUGAAUGUUUCUGUCCUAUUGAAUGCGCCUGUUGUUGGACAACAUUCCCACCCCUCAUUUUCCAAGUUGUACAACUUAAUGCAUUCGCCUCUUUACAUUGUCUUAGCCAAUGUUCUCCUACAUUGUUACACUCCGAAUAUUUUUGCCAAUGUCAUUUCUUUUUUUCUUUUUUUUUUUACCUUGUGUGUUCCGGAGCCUUUUCUUCGGCUCGUGAAAAAAAAAAAAAAGAAUUCAGUCUGUGCUGCUGUUAUUGUACUGUAUAAUACAUUAGUUACCUCUUAUUAUAUUUUGGGCUCAUCACAUUUGGGAAUAUUGUGCUAAAAUGUCCCGAUUGUAACAGUUCCUCAUAUGUUACUACAUUACUUGAAUUCUGCCCGCAAGCGACACAUUUGUUUUUCCUCAUUACGAGUAAAUUACAACAUAUGAAAGUGGGUUAUUGUGAUUAUAUAGAGUAUCAUAGACAGAAAAAAAUGCAUUCACGUGCGUUGUAAAGCUGCAGUACUGUCGAUAUAUGUAACCACUUAAAUUCUGGUUAAUUUAUAUUCUCUGUCAACAGAAUGAGUGAAAGAUGUUUACUGAUUCACAUGACAGAGGAAACUAUUUAAACACCUUUUCUUUUUUGUUUUUGUUUUUUAUCCCCAUCCGUUACUGAGCACUGGGGUGACUUUCAUAACACAUACAGCCCAUACUGGGAGAGAGAUUUUAUUAAUCUAUAUUCAUUAACCUCAUUCCAGCACAUAUUUAUGCAAUAUGAUGUGAAUAUAUUUUUCUUGUGAAAACGUUGGGGUUAUUUUUUUGUUACCGUCAGUGGUAUGAACAUUGUUUAAAUGUUUUAAAUUUAGAGGCCAUGUUUGGAUAUCCUUGUUUUGUUUUGUUUUUUUUUCAUUUCCUGCCUGUAAGGUUACCUCCAGUUCUUUCUUGACUUUCACUUCUCCACAGAUGCAAACAUUUACAGUGUCAAAUAAGCAGUUUCUGAAUUAUUCCUCAGAAUAUCAGAGACGAGAACAAGCUCAGUUUGAGUCACUCCUAGACGAGAGUCGUUCUACCUGGCUGUUUGUUACAGCAAAUUUAAUAAAAGAGACAAAAGAGAAAAAAAAUAUAUAGGGAUUUUUACUAGUUUCGUCCUCCAGAAGCUUUCCUAGGAGUGCAUCAAACCUCUAUGCAACAGAUGUGUUAUUUAUUCCAAGGGAAAUGAAUUCAGUUUUCACUGAAACUAUGCAGAACGCAACUUUAAUUUAAACAGACUUAAAUGUAAAGAGUUUAGCUUCUCAGGCAAUUUAACUCAGUGAGAGGGCUCAGAGCCUGGUGACAACACCCUGGUCCAUAAGAAUCAUUUAUAGAUCCAUCAUUUGACAGUUUUAGGCAGUUUUUCUACAGACACUUUGUCUUCAGAGAUAUGUUUUCUCUUCCUAGUUCAGCACAUGAAAACAACAGGGUCUCACUGCCAUCCUAUCCAUGACAGACAUAGCGUACCAAGGGCAGAUUGAUGUUUCUUGACAAAGUCUUCAGGUGUCAUUUAUUUCUCUCUUCUCUCAGACUAUGAAUACUGGGUAUUCUCAGAGGUUGCUCUUGGAAAAUUGCUGGGCUUCCCUUCAGCCUGCAGCGGAUUAAUGCGACAGAAAACUUCGGUGUCUGUGGUCUGACAUACUAUUUGCAAAGGUGAUCUUUACGAGCAUUUCGUUCAGUAUGGAUUAGGUAAGCACUGCAUGUCGUGAAAACUGCACUUGUCCUAGAAUGGUUCGAUAUGAGCUUGUGUUCUACUGUUAGUUUAUGCCUGCCUGUUUUUUUAUACAGUUUAAUCAAGAGAAUAAUGUGGUUAAAGACUUUGGCCUUUCUAUAGUAAUUCUAUCAGGAUUUUCUCUUAAUGUCCAUGUUUACAAAGCAAAUCUCUCUGAACAAGGCCAAAUGAAUGAGCUAACCUGCUAAUGAGAACAUUCAUGCUUGCUGCGAUAUCAAUGCAUUCUGACUGGAUGGCACUUUUGAGGUGCCGUCCUCUGUUACUGGAUUAACAGAUGUACAGACCGUGAUGAAACCUGGUAAAGAAUGUGGAAUAAACAUUGACUUUACUAUAA